UCCAUGGUCUAGACUCUAGACCCUGUUGUAUGGUGCAGUCAGGUUGAGUGAGGUCAGUGAGGCUUGGUGAGAUUGAUUCAGGUGCGUCAGGUGCAGUGCAGUGUGUUGUUUGUUAAAGGGAUAGAUACUUUUGUUUAAGAAAUUGUGUUGAAUGUUUUGGAUAUGUCGCAUUUGAGAAAAAAAGAAUGGGUUGUGUCAAUAGUCGGACAAACAUUAAUCCAAAUGUUUUUCAAGUGAUGAAUGUAGAUGACUCAGGUAAAUUAAUUACCCCUGGACGCUUAGAAAUUACUGACACUGAAAUAGUGCUUUAUCAACGGGGCAAACAGCCCAUCAAAUGGCCUUUACGUUGUUUGCGUCGGUAUGGCUUUGAUGCCGAAAUAUUUAGUUUUGAAUCUGGUAGACGGUGUUCUACAGGGCAAGGCAUUUAUGCUUUUAAGUGUCGUAGAGCAGCACAUUUAUUUAGUGUUGUACAAACAAAUAUACAGGUUUGUAGUAACAAUGGGGAUGAUACAAUGUCUAGAGAACUUCCAAUUGCUUCUCAUCCUGGUCCAACAAUAACAAGAGUAACAAUACCAGUUGAGCCUAAUUAUUUGGAUCCAAUACUAAAUAGAACUAAUAAUCGUAUGGGUCCUAGACAUGCUCAUAGCCAACAAAAUGGAACUGGAAGAUUAGGUAGUGUGGGAAGUAACACCGACAUUAUAUCACCACAAGGAACCAUAGGGUCUUCCUCUCCACCUCCUGUGCUGCCACCAUCUCCACCACCAUUCCCUCAACCGCAUCCGUCCUCACUUUAUGUUAAUGAAGAAGUGUUAUCACCUUUACCAUUGGAAAUGGAACAUAAUAAUAACAAAAGACUUAGAACAGCAAUACAGAGAUCAUGUACAGUGGGUAAUUCAAUAUCCGAUAACAGCUCAGUAUCAUUGGAAUUGACAUCUACCCAGAAAAACACAAAUGUUACUCCUCAAACUAAAUCACCACUUUCAACAGCAACUUAUAUGAAUGUAGAUAUUAAUACUGAUAUUAGUCCUCUUUCUCCAACUCAUAGUGUUCCUGAAACAAUGCAAUUUAAUGAAGAAAAAUGUGAAAAUAACGAAUUUGGACAUGCUUAUAUGAAUAUAAGCCCAGGUCAAGAAUGUACAGAAUUGUUUGUUGCUAAAGCACGACCUUCACCAUUGCCACCUGUUCAAUCUGACAUGGAAGAAGUAACGAGACAUUGUUAUGCUAAUUUAGAAGCAAGUGAAAUUGAAAGCUUAAGAAAAAGAUUUUCUGGCGUAUCAGUAGCAGAAAAAUCACCUUUGACUCCGUCAACGCCUACAGGUGGUCCAAUUAGGGAAGUGAAUUAUGCUGUAUUAGAUUUAGAUACAAAGGAUGUAUCGAUCAAUUCACCAUUGGAGGGUCCUACAAAUUCAAUAGCAUCUCCUCCAGGGACCCCAAAUAAGCUACAAAAAGGGUAUGCUACAAUAGAUUUCAAUAAGACAGCUGCUCUUUCACAUUCAGUCAAUCCGAAUCUUGUAAAUGAUAAUGAGGGUUCGAGGAAGACGCGUCACAAUUCCACGAUUAGUGACCUAACAGCUUCCUUUAGACGUAGUUCAUCUGUAAGUGAAUGAUCUAUCUUUUACUUUAUAACUGUGCCUACAUAAUGAAUAUUUACAGCAUUUUAUAGAAUGACAAUGCGCUUUACAAUUUUAUUACAUUUAAACAUGUACUAAUGCAAAAGACAUGAAAUUACU